UCGGGUGUGAGUGUCAACUGAGAACUUACACUGUUGCAGUUAACCUUCAAAGACAGCAGCACAUUGACACUGGGGUUAGUGGGAGCUUGGAAGACGUUACCCCGAUAAUCUACAUCCUUCAGGACCCAUCAUCUAAAAUCAGAAUGGAAGCUCGAGGUGAAAAAACUCACACCUGUGGGACAAUUUGUCUGAAAUAUCUACUUUUUCUUUUCAAUAUUCUUUUCUGGCUGGCAGGAGGAGCUGUACUGGCUGUGGGAGUGUGGACUCUGGUGGAAAAGAGCGACUACAUCAGUUUACUGAACUCCAGCUUUUACUCAGCCUCAGCUUACAUCCUGAUAGCUGCUGGGGUCAUUGUGAUAAUGACUGGGAUAAUCGGAUGCUGUGCCACUCUGAAGGAGAUGAAGAGUCUUUUGAUUGUGUAUUUAAUCUUGUUGCUCUGUAUUUUCCUGCUGGAAAUCAUUGCUGGUGUGCUGGCCUACAUAAACUACCAAGAGUGUUUCCCUUUCUGCUACCAGCUGGAUGACGAGCUCAGACAGAACCUGAAGGUGACCAUGCAGCAGAAAUACCAGCAGCCGGGGGAGGAGAGCGUCACGCAGGCUGUGGACAAGCUUCAGCAGGAGUUUAAGUGUUGUGGCAGUAACAAUUUCUCAGACUGGAGAGACAGUGUGUGGAUCCAGGCUGCAGAUAAUACACGGCUCGUUCCUGAUAGCUGCUGUAAAACUCCCAGUGAUCUCUGCGGCCACAGGGACCAUCCCUCCAACAUCUACAAAGUGGAGGGAGGCUGCAUCCUGAAAUUAGAGGAUUUCAUCCUGAGUCAGUUGUAUAUUCUCGGUGCAGUGAGCAUUGGGAUUGCAUUUCUCCAGCUAGUGGGAAUGAUGUUUACUUGCUGCCUGUAUCAAAACUUGAAAGAAGAUCCAUACUGAUUUCUUAAAAAUCACUUAAUGUCUCACAUCGUGAACUGUAAAAUGUUUGAUUAAAAAUUUCAACACCCCAAAUUAUUUGCACAGCUCUGGAUGCUGUGAAGUUAUCACUUCAAGUUAUGACAUGAAGUUUUUCAGAAUACAAACACUAGAGAUACUCUGAUGCUGCUGGACAGCACUGUUCUCUUUCUGCUAAUUCUAAUGCAUGCUUUCAGCAUUUCCAGUUUAUUUUAACGCUAAUGGUGUGUGGAUGAACUGAAAGUUUUUUUUUCAUUUUAGUUUAAAUUUCAAAGUAUUUUAUGUUGCAAACAGUGUUGGUCUUAUUGUUUAUUUUUUAUGUAUUUCACAUUGUUUACCAAAGUCAUAAUUUAAAAAAUCAACAGUAAAAAAAUCAUCGUUUGUUUGUUGGAAUGCAAAUAAAAAUACUUGCCACUCAU